AUGAAUAAAAACUUCAUAGAAGAGAAUCUCGAAGAAUCAAAAUAUUACACUGUAAAAGAAUUAUCUAACAUAAUAAAAUUGAAGAAUAAAAUGAAAAACAAUCACCUACCAAUCAUUCAUCUGAAUGCUCGAAGUUUGUUUCAUAAAUUAUUAAAUCUAGAAAUCUUCUUAAAACAAUUCGACGACUUUUUCAAAAUUAUAGUAAUAUCAGAAACGUGGUUGAACAAUGAAACAGUUGAUUUAAUUAAGUUAAAUAAUUACAAUUUUGUAUAUAAAAAUAGAAAAAGCAAACGAGGCGGAGGUGUUGGUGUGUUCAUAAAGCAUGACAUCAAAUAUGUUGUAAAUGAUAACAGUGCAUUUGAUGAUGAAAAUGUCGACGUUCUCUGUGUGGACAUUGAAUCGGGGCAUGCUUCAUCUAGGGGUGUGCUAAAAGUUAUCGCUAUAUACCGCCCACCCAAUUAUAAAUUUGAGCCUUUUUUAAAUAAAAUCAAUUUGAUUUUACACGCCAUCAAAUCCGCCGACAAAACUGUUAUAGUGGGCGACUUUAAUGUUAAUUUAUUGGACAAUGAUUCAAAUGAUUCUAAAGACUUCCAAAAUUUACUAUUUUCAUUUUGUUUCUCGCCUUUAAUUAAUUUACCAACAAGAGUAACUUGUAACGCCUAUUCAUUAAUCGACAACAUAUUUACGAACCUGUAUCAACAUUGCGAAAGUGGAGUCAUAGUCUCAGACUUUUCUGACCAUUUUCCAGUUUAUGCAAUAGUAGAAAAUUUUAAAACUGCUAUCAAUGAUGACCAAAUUUUAUGUAGAAAAAUUAAUAAAACAUCCAUUUUCUUUAUUAAAAAAGCCCUCUCACUUCAAAAUUGGCAUUCAGUUAAAAACGAGAAAAAUAUAGAUACAGCAUGCCUGAAUUUCUACAAUAUACUCAAUAAAACUCUUGACACAUACGCACCUCUGCAGUGGCAGAAACAAAAAUAUAAAAAAGCAUGGGUAUCUGAUGAAAUAAUAAAAUUAUCAAAAAAACAGAAUCGACUGUAUAAAAUAGCAGUCGCUGCACCAAACUCCGCUAAUAUUGAAAAAUAUAAAAAGUUUAGAAAUUACUUUACAUCAGUAAAGAGAAAGGCAGAAAAAAAUUAUUUUCAACAAAAAUUUGAAGAGGCAAAGAGUUGCUCCAAACAAAAAUGGGAAAUAAUAAACGGUAUAAUGAAUAGAAAACAAAACAAUCUUGAAAUUAAUAAGCUAAAAGUUGACGACAAAAUCAUCGAAGACCCAGAGGAAAUAAGUAUUCUUUUCAAUGAAAACUUCAUCAAUGUCACAGAGAAGCUGUUAGAAAAUCAAAUAGUUACUGAAGAUAAAUUAAAAAUAAAUAGUGCAAUCUGUAAAUCAAUGUAUAUGAACUCCACCAAUGAAGAAGAAGUAACGUACAUUGUUCAAAACUUAAGCAACAAAAAAAGCACGAAUAUGGGAGACGAUUCCACAAGAAAUUAA